GACCGGCCAAUUGCUGCUGCUGCCGACCCCGCCUCUCCUGCUUCUGCUGCCGCCUUCUCCUACAUUUUGUCUUAAUGAAGCGGAUACCCAUAUCGAGAUGCGCCUCGCAAUUGCUGGGUGCACCCUCGCCACGCCGGCCCUCGUGCCCAUACACAGCGGCAAAGAACGUGCGGAGAGGUAUUAUACCUCAUAGCCACCGGAUACAGGCUCGGUUUCAAAGUACAGUAGCACUUCCGGACGACGGUGAAUUGGAACUCGAGAUUGCCGCAAAUUCUCCCACACCGUCAACAUCCAGACCAAGAAAGCGUCUUCCACUCGAGAGCCUUCCAUCUCCACAUCCCAGCGCCGCCGAACGUUCGACAAAAUUAUAUGCCCUACGGAGUCGAUUAUCCCUACCGCCUCGCUUCCCCCUCCAGGUUCUCGCACGAACCCUCAUCCACCCCUCCGCCGACUCAAACCCCGCCUUCAAUAAUGCCUCGCUAUCGAUACUCGGACGCCAGCUGCUUGGCUACUACACCUCCGAGUGGCUUCUGUGCAACUACCCACGUCUGCCAAUGGACGUCGUCUUCGCCGCAGUAGAAGCAUACAUUGGACCGAGAGCGUUGACUACAAUUGCAAGCGAAUGGGGCAUUGAGGCGGCGGCGGAGCCAGGUGGUGAAGUCGACCCUGGCUUAUUACAAUUCAAGAGGAUACAAUCGGGCGAUGCUCUCCCAGCAGAUUUGAGGCGGCAAGCACCCUGGAAGUGGAAUGUUACCACCACACACAAGAUCAUGAAGACCGACGAAUUUGGCUCCGACAGUGCUGCACCCAGUCCACACGCGCUACAGAGUACGCCAGUACCACUGGAAGAGGCAGCUCAGUCCUUUGUCCGGGCCCUCAUCGGCGCAUUGCACGUACAUCUUGGCUCCCCACUUGUCAAGCGCUUCUUCCGUGACCACUUCCUCAGCCGACAUCUCGAUAUCAGCACAAUCUUCGACUUCCGAAUGCCGACACGCGAUCUUUCACGGUUAUGCGCACGAGAAGGUUUCGAGCCACCGGUCGCCCGAUUGAUCUCAGAAACCGGUCGUCUGAGCAGACAUCCUGUCUUCGUGGUUGGCGUGUACAGCGGAAAGGACAAGCUAGGAGAGGGAUCAGGCAGCUCAUUAGACGAGGCCAAGACAAGAGCAGCGGCAGCAGCAUUGAAGGCAUGGUACCUAUACAAGCCGGUCGAGGUCACCGUCCCAAGCAGCAUGGAAGGCGAGUUGGAUACAAGCAAAUGGCGGCCGAACCAUGUCGACCACGGAGAGGUCAUUGUGUAAGAUACGCGGCAUCAACCACACUUUUGGAGUUGUAGGGGAUCUACUUUUGGCAUGCAUGGCAUGGACGGACGGCAUACUCUUCGCUUGUACAGAUUCAUGAUAGCGCAGGGGGUAGGAAAAAGAACUGUGCCGCAAGAGGGCCGGAGAGGAGGGGAAGGUUUACCCCACGUUUCGCUACGUCAAGGGUUCAAGUCUGCGCACCCUGAGAGCACUGCGCAUGUAUCAUAUGUGACAUGAGGAUACCAUGAUGAUCCGCAAUGUGUAUAACAUAAAAGAAACGUUGCAUCACAAUACCCAUUACUUGUUUUUCCG